AUUGCACCGCAUCCGUGAGGUCACUAGUGUUUCAGUCAAAUUAGCUUGACUAGCGGUAGUACUGCUAAGCUAGGAUAUUAGCAUCUCGUACAUGUGUAAGUAGGUUGAAUAAACAACGUUGUGAAGAAUGGCUGGAAGCGCAGGAGAGUGGUGUUUGAUGGAGAGUGACCCCGGUGUGUUCACAGAACUGAUAAAGGGUUUUGGUUGCAAAGGCGCCCAGGUUGAAGAGAUAUGGAGUAUGGAGCCAGAGAAUUUUGACAACUUGAAACCAGUUCAUGGGUUGAUUUUCCUCUUCAAGUGGCAGCCAGGUGAGGAGCCAGCAGGGUCUAUCGUUCAGGAUUCAAGGCUUGAUCAAAUCUUCUUUGCCAAACAGGUCAUUAACAACGCCUGUGCCACCCAGGCGAUAGUCAGCGUUCUGCUCAACUGCUUCCAUUCUGACAUGUUGGUUGGGGACACACUGACAGAGUUCAGAGAGUUUUCACAGAGUUUCGACCCUGCUAUGAAAGGUCUGGCUCUUAGCAACUCCGAAGUGAUCCGACAAGUUCACAACAGCUUUGCCAGACAGCAAAUGUUUGAAUUUGAUGCCAAGUCCACAGCGAAGGACGAGGACGCCUUUCACUUUGUGAGCUAUGUUCCUGUAAACGGACGGCUAUACGAGCUGGAUGGACUCCGAGAGGGACCAAUUGACCUGGGUGCGUGCAACCAGGAUGAUUGGAUCAGCGCCGUUCGCCCAGUGAUCGAGAAAAGGAUACAGAAGUACAGUGAAGGAGAGAUCCGGUUCAACCUAAUGGCCAUCGUGUCAGACAGGAAGAUGAUAUACGAGAGAAAGAUCGCAGAGCUCCAGACCCAGCUUACUGAGGAUGAACCAAUGGACACGGACCAGAGCUCCACGUUUCUCAGCUCCAUCCAGUCGGAGAUUGCCAAGUACCAGCUCCUUAUUGAAGAGGAAAAUCUGAAACUUAAAAGAUAUAAGAUUGAAAACAUUCGGAGAAAGCACAACUACCUUCCCUUUAUCAUGGAGCUGCUGAAGACACUGGCAGAGUACCAACAGUUAAUACCUUUGGUGGAGAAGGCAAAGGAGAAACAGAGUGCCAAAAAAGCCCAAGAGGCCAAGUGAUCAACAAAAAGGACUUCCACACAAAUGCAUCCAGAACCCUACAGUCACAUACAGAUACUGUUCAUAAUCAGUCUUAUUCGCUUUCAUGACCAGGGAUGGUCUGCAGCACUUCCGCCCUGUGGCCUCCUGUGAAACAUCAACGUUAAGAACUGCACUGCAGGUGUAGCAGAGAGACUGUCCGGCAAAAAAAAAAAGAAGCUCUUUCCAUGUGUCCAUCAGCUCUAAUGCAUGAUAGAAAGAAAAACAAUGUGCUCAAAUGAUGUUCUGUCUUAUUUUCAUAAUAAAAUGUCUAGAUGUUUGUGAA